AUGGAUGCGCCCGAGCCCGAUCAGACGCCCUUUGCCAGCGUCACUGCCCACACCUCCAAGCUUCAGAGACAUUACCAAGCUCUCCUCGACCAGUCCACGCCCUUUGUCCUCUACCGAUGGGUCAGCACUGGCGUCGCCCUCUUCCUCUUUUUCCUGCGCAUCCUGUUUGCGCAGGGCUGGUACAUUGUCGCCUACGCUCUGGGCAUCUACCUGCUCAACCUCUUCCUCGCCUUCCUCCAGCCCAAGUUCGACCCCUCCAACGAUGCCCUCGACAAUGAGAUGGAGGACGGCGCCGUGGGCACCCUCCCGACCAAGUCGGACGAGGAGUUCAAGCCCUUUAUCCGGCGCCUGCCCGAGUUCAAGUUUUGGUACUGGGCGACGAGGGCCGUUACCAUCUCCUUCUUCUGCACCUUUUUCGAAAUCUUCAACAUCCCCGUCUUCUGGCCCGUCCUCGUCAUGUACUGGAUGAUUCUUUUCUUCUUGACAAUGCGCAAGCAGAUCCAGCACAUGGUCAAGUACCGCUACGUCCCCUUUACCAUGGGCAAGAAGAACUACAACAAGAACAGCUUCGUGCUCGACCCGAAGCGACGUGCCGCCCCGCCGCCGAAUCCCCGAGUCGAAAUCAGACCAGAGAAGAAGAAAAUGUCGUCCUCGGGGGCGCGCUCCGGCGAGCGCAUGGUUCAUCAGGACUACAUUGCGCGCAUCCGCUUUUCCAACGCCUUGCCGCCGCCGCCCAUCCUGCCCAAGCUGCUCGACAUUCCCAACACGGGCCUCGCCAGCGGGCAGUACACGACGCCUGGGUUCGCCUCCCGCUUGGCUAGGGAGCAGCCACUCAAUGUCGAGGCCGAUGCCGAGCUGGGCAUGCCGCUCAACCUUGUCGGCAUGCCGGGCGUCUUUGACGGCGACGAACGAUCAAUCCAGGCCCCCGCGCAGCCGCCCCUCGUCCAUCCUCACGAUCGGCCUCUCCUCAGGCCCUUGGCCGCACUCGGCAAACCCAAGGUCGCCGAGGCAAACGUCUCCUUCCUCCGCCGCACAGAAUACAUCUCGUCCAGCACGCCCAAGCGGCCCGAGGGAGGCAAUGCUCGCGGCCUGCUGGUGCGCGCCCGGAAGCCAAAGCGGCCCGCCCCGGACGCCCACGACGACUCUCCCCAGGCCAUCAAACGCAAAAUCGACCGCAGCUUCGAGGUGGCGGAGCAGGACCUCAAGGACGCCAAGCGGGUCAAGCAUCCCUCUAAGAAACACCUCAAGCUCGUCGAAGCCGUGCCGCUCCUCCCCGACCUCGACGCGUUCCCCGACUCGGGCGCCUACGUGACCAUCAAGUUCCUCACCAACCCCGUCUCGAGCUCGCGCGAGUACGACAGCCGCCUCCUCAGCGGCCUCUUCCGCCCCCUCGACCGGACCCCCGGCGAAGAGGCCCUGUACGAGGCGGCGCUCGAGGCCCACGAGAGGGACCCCCUCAACAACCCCAAGCCCCCGAACCUGAUGAACUACGACUUUUACAUGCCCCAGAGCGUGGCCGUCGCCAACAGGUUCCGCCGCAAGUUCGACGUCGAGGAUCCCGAGCACGAGAGCGACGAGCUGUACACGCACGGGUCGGGCGCCGCCGGCUACUUUCAGUUCAACCGGGUCCGGACCUACGAGACGGCGCAGGAGACGGAGCUCGACCACCCGACCAAGUACGAAGACGAAAUCAUCCUCGCCUACAACGACGACGACUCGUACCCCAAGCAAAAGGCCCUCUACUACUACCCCAUCAUGCAGCGGUCCGCCAUCCGGCCCCAGCGCACAAAGAACAUUGCCCGCACAAACGGCUUCUCCCAGGACGGCGACGAGCAGAUUGUCGACCAGCUGGACAUUACCGUCGAAGAGCCCACAGAGGACAUGCGCGACGCCAUCAAGAACUACAGGGAGAAGCCGCUCGGCUGGGAUCAGGGCGGCGACGAGCAGCAGCCGGAGGCGGAGCAGAUUGCCGACGCCGACGCCGACGCCGAUGCUGACGCCGAUGCCGAUGCCGAUGUCGAUGCAGACGCAGACGCAGACGCAGAUGCAGACGACGAUGUAGACGCCGAUGUCAACGCCGAAGGCGUGGUGGAGGGCCACCGCCGCGGCAGUGACGCUGACAAGCCUGACGCCAAGACACCGGAAGAAGAUCGGGACGCCGAGGGCGACGACGAUGACGACGAGUAG